UACAUCUGAUCUGGCGGGAAAAGUCAAGAAGAUGGCCGCGCAGCAGUAAAUUUUGACGAAUUUUCGUUACGUCAGGUCAACAACGACGGCCUUUUACAUUAGGAUCUAACAUAACAGAAGAACAGACUUCAUUUCCGUCCAGGUAUAAAAGCAGCCCACCACACAACAUGGCAAAGACAAAGACAAGCAAGAGGAGGAGGACCUCCAGUGAUGAUGUAACAGCUACCAAGAAGAGUCGUGCAGCCGUUGAGAGAGUCCCUUCAGGUGAUGUGUCGGAGGAUCAGUCCAUGUUUUUGCAACUUGUAGAACAGGCAGGGCUGGUGUUAACAACAGGGAACCAGCCCAACCAGCUGUCUGUGGACCAAGCUGUAUUCCAGAGGAACCUCAGAUUGGCCAUUAGAAACCAUCAGGAGUUUCCACAGGUCGUGGAUGAGUUUUUGCAGGGACUGCAGGCUCAUGUAGAGGACCCUGAUAGAUUCAGUUGCAGCCUAUUGGCCACAGUGCCAGCAGCAGCAUGUGAGGAAAGUUGCCGUGGAGGAAACCAGGACUGUUUAAUGAGACUUCUCCUGGGAGUGGAGAUAAUUCAGCCCAAGGUCAUGAUUGUUCUGCUGGAAAAGCUUCCAGAAUUCAUGGGUGAUGAUGACCAGGUGAUUGACAGUAAUGCAGCUGCCCAGAUCCCCCGACUCAUACUGAACCAGUUCCGCUGGCUGGACAGGAUUGUUGACAGUAAGCUUCUUUGUAGCAAGAUGUUAGAGAUGCUGGGCAUCACCACAUUGGACAUACAGCGGGACAUCAUCUCCUGCCUGCCUGAGGUCAUUGAGGACACGGAACACAACAACCUGGCCUCACAGCUCAAAGACAAGUUGAAUGACAGACAAUUAAUGGUUGCAGUUUUGGAUGCUCUGUCAAACCUGAAUGUUCGACCAGAUCUGUUGACUGAGAUACGGCUGUCUGUCCUGCAGAAGGUUCCCAGAUUGGAGCUGCAGGACUUACCUGUGGUGGUGAAAUUUCUGCUCCAGUCUGUCAGUGCCUUUGAUGUUGUGGAGGUGGUGCAGGAAUUACGGGACCAGCUGGACCUGACACCAGGGCUGUCUGCAGAGAGGGGAGCUGCAGCUGAGAAGUCUUGCCGUGGCAGUGAGGCACUGAUUCUGGAUGCCAUUCGUUCGGGUAUAACCUUUCAAAAGACUAUUGCUGAAGCCUGGAUAAAGGCUGUGGAAAAUGUGCCACACACAGCAGAACACAAGGAUGUGGAUGUUCUUGUUCUAAUGUUACUUCACUCCACUGCUGUGAAGACUCGUCGCAGAGCGGUGGAGGGGCUGUUCAGGACAAAAGUGCGCUCUGGGAAAUUCACACAUGACUUACUCAGGAAAACAUUCACCAGUCAUGCACACAUUCUGCGUGAAUAUUUCCAGUCUGUCUUGACCAUUGCGGAGGUUCUCCUACGAUCUCCAGAGCCUGCGGUUGAGUUGUUUGGUUGCCACAUGUACCAGGAAGCCUUCAGUGCUUUUGAUGUGUACUGCAGGCAGGAGGUGGUUGGCUCUCUGGUGACCCACAUUGGGAGUGGAGUUACCAGCGAGGUUGACUCAGCCCUGGAUGUGUUGUGCCAACUGGUGAGGGACAUGCCGGCCGCCAUGGCACCAUUUUCUGUCUUCCUUAAGGGAGUUCUGGACUACCUGGACAACCUGUCAGUAGCACAGAUCCGUAAGCUGUUCUCCAUGCUGGGGACCCUGGCAGUCUCUGGCACCCAGGACAGGGCACACAUCCAGGAUGACAUGCACAUUCUCAUCAGAAAACAACUGUCCAAUACAACCCACAAAUACAAGAGAAUGGGGGUGAUUGGGGCUAUCAUGAUGGUACGAAGCCUGGGGGCCAAAAGAGAGGAGCGAGCCCCUUCCAUCAGUAAGGAUGUCUUUGACCAGAUUACAGGCCUUCUGGGGAUGGUACGGACCAGUUGUCAGAACACGCCUGAUGAGUAUGCACUGUUCAUGGACGAACUGGCCUGUGUCAUGCAGAAAAGACAGCUUGAUGAAGAAGUAGAGGUGUGGAUCAGUGAAGAUGUCCUGACAGACUUCCAGGACAACUAUGUGGUGGACGUGGAGGCCGACAGAAUGAGUCAAAGUUCCACAACCCUCCCCCUGGAUCUGUGCUAUAACCUUGAGGACGUAGAUGAACUUGAAGAGGGAAACAUAGCUGUCAACCUGCUGCCACUGUUGGAAGCUGCAGAAGAGAUGAAGGGUCUGUCUUCUAGGAAGGGCAAGAAAAGGACGGUGUCGCCAGCGUGCCUGGCCCCUCACUUCCGACUGUUACGCUGUUGUGAGCAGGCCCAGCGUGGGGGGGACCUGGAGGGGAUAGAUGCACUGCUGGGAUGCCCCUUGUACUUAUUUAAGGAGGAGACGGUUGAAAAGAUUGAGUCUCUGUCUGGGCAUGAGAAGGAGCUGAUGUGUACAGCGCUGUUUCACACACUCAACUGGUUCAGGGAGAUCAUCAAUGGCUUCUCCAGCCAGAGUGACCCGGAGAUGAGAGGCAAGGUUUUGGUUCGACUACAGAACAUCACGCACGUCCAGGAGCUGCUGAGAACAUGUCUGGCAGCCACACCAGGGUUUGUCCCACCCCAGGCCAUAUUUGACUGUGAGAUGGAGUCUGUACCAGUCCCUGGGGUUGCCAGAAAGGGAAGGAAAAAGGCAUCAAAAGGGGGUAAAAAGUUGCCUGUGGGAGAGAAGUCACCCGACCCAAACGACACCAUUUCAACUCAAGAUGGGACACAGGCAGAUAAGGACACAUGUGAUGUAGACAAGGAGGAAAAAAACACCAGUGUUAACCUGGAACAUUACAGGGCUUUUGUUAGGGAGUUCGACCUUGAGGUCUUCUCCAUCCUGAAGUGUGGGAUGGUGUCCAAGUCUGUUCUGGAUACAGAGAUGCACACAAAGGAGACAACUGUGCUGGACCUGCAGCCCACAGAGCUACUGUUCCUUCUGAAGGACCUGAACCUCAAACUUGAACAUGGUCUUAUUGCAACAGCCAAACGCAAGACCUUCCUCAAGACCAAGAGUGAGCGGAACAAUGGUUUCUCCCACCUGGACCUGUAUACAGCUCAGGAGGUGGCAGAGCAGGUGGUGCAGCUGCUGCCAGCUCUGUGUGACCACCUGGAGUCCGUCUGCACAUACUUCCAGACCCUGCUGGAGGAGAAUGAUGGAGUCGUUGAUGGGCCGCGGGGAGACCAGGCACAAACACAGCUCAUGUCUGAGGUAUUUUCCCAGCUGCUCCAGGCCCUGGCCAGGAUCUUUUCAUGGAAUGGCUUUAUUGGCUGUGAUGGCCAGAAGCUUCAUCAGCAGGCUGUGAGCACCCUGGCUGGCAGGAUCAAAGCGUCUUCCACCACACAGACCUCCACCCAGGACAUGAUCAGCUACGCUUUCCGAUAUGUGGAAAACUUCCUCAGCACAGCUCCCAACCUCAGCACCACUGUCUGUCUCAUUAGGCUGCUGGUCUCCAUCUGUGACAAGGGCAGCCAACCAGAGCAGUUCAACUCCAAAAUAGCUGAACAUACCCAGACCAUUUUGAAGAGAGAGUGGAUUGGAAAAGAUGGACAGAGGGAGAAGGGGGCCAAGUGUAAUGAGGAUGUGCAGUUUGUUCUGAAGACCUUUCUUGACUUCUCGGAAGACAAGCUGUCGUGUAUUGAGCACCUGGCGUCUGUAGGGAUACCAGAACUGGUGGAGGCAGACAGAAACGGCUGCUCCAAAACCUACCCAACACUAACAAGGCAAUCCCUUGGAGUAUUCUAUCGUGCAAUGAUGAGCGAGCUUGUAGUGUGUAUUAAGGACAUCCCAACAGGGAAGGCCUCAGAUGCUGCAAAGGUUCAAGUUGAAAGACUGUUCCGUUGGAGCAUUGCUGUGAGGAUUUUUCAUAUCCUGGUCAACUUGGUAAAGGCAUUUGAUGGGAGAGUCUAUCUGUCAGCAGCUCAGAAGUAUGGCCGUAUGUUUGUGGAGGUGUUCUUGCGACAGGGUAUGCCAGUUCUUGAUAACGUUUUCAAGACACACAAGGACGAUGUCCAUAGUCUGCUGAAGAACCUACAGCUCAGUACUCGGGCCAUGCACCAUAUGUGUGGCUUCUCCAAGGUCAGCAAGGAUGUGUCCCUGACCAACUAUGUGCCACUGGUAAAAAAAACCCUUGAGAUGUUUGUGUACCGGGUCAAGGCCAUGCUGACCAUGAACAAGUGCCUGGAUGCAUUUUGGCUGGGCAAUUUGAAGAAUAGGGACUUACAGGGUGAAGAGAUCAGUUCCCAGGCCUACGCUGACCCGACUGGCAGGCAGUCAGAUGACGACACUGACAACGAUGCCACAGAACUGCCAGAUGAUGAUGAUGAUGAUGAUAGUGACACUACGAACCUGGAGGAAGAGAGCGUGUGCAGCAAUGACCAGGAUGACAGUGUGGGUGGAGAAUCUUAUAGUGAGAGCUACUAACAAGCUCCUCUCCAUGAGGCCAAUUAGUACUGGUAGUGCAGACCACACUAGGAGCGUGAGAUGUUCCUACAUAACUACUUUCUGCAGUUGGACCUUAUAGUGUUAUCGUUUUUUUAUUCAUUUCAAAAGAAAACACAUACACUGAACCAUUCUAUAAACAAUAGUAAUUCAAAUCAUUAUGCUGAUAAUGAAAAAGUACAUAUGUAUCAAGAACAUAAAGUACCCCAUUUGCCCCAAUGCUUCUGCAGAUUUCCCCUUGUAGGUGUAUGAGACAAAAAGUGAUGUUGCUGAUGGAAAAUAGUUGCUUGUUUCAUAUCGUAGGCUAGCUAUAGUUAUGGUCAGUACCAAAAAAACACUCAGACGCCUCUGACAGGUAGCUUAUGCUGGGAUGAUUUCAAAUGCUUGAAGCACAAAAUGAUGACAAAAAUGUGCAAAGAAAUGGCAGUAAAUGUUAAUAUUACUUAUUAGGCAUGUUUCCUCAUCUACAAUAUUAUUCAUUUUGCCAUCCUGAAAUUGCAUUGGAUGCCUUUAAGACCACGUUCAUACCAGACUUUAAAAACCAGUUGAAAUCGCUAAAUAAUUAACGGGAAACCGGGCUAAAACCUCUAGCAUUCAUACCAGACUUUACAUUGCCAGUUUUGUAAAGAUCUUAUGAAUAACUGCUCAAUCGGUCAUCAUUGCAGUUUGUAUAAAAACUGCUCUUCCGAUUGUUGUCCUUGGCCUUCUUGUAAGCUGUCUUCAGGUUCUUUACCUUACCAGGACACUGAUCCGUUGUCUUCGAAAAACCCUUCAGACCAGGCGAACCCCUCAAAAACCCUUACCAAACCUCCUCCCGUGGUGGUUUUGGAAAAUCUGAUAACACCUACUUGAGAAAAUGAGUUUCUUAUAAGGCCACACCAAUUUAAUUGUUUGUUCUUGGAUUCACCUCUUCAUUUAAAAAAGAUUCUGGUUCUGAAUCAAGUAAACAAUGCUC